AUGACAUCUCAAGUCACAACGACAACAACCACGAUUAAUCCUGCUGUGACUACUACAUCAGCUUCAAAUAAUGGCAAAUUACAUUCGGCGAAUGCUCCAUCUAUACAGUCAUCCAGUGCAAUUCCAUCAAGCGCACAUCCGCAUGCUACUUCCUCAGCUCAUUCUAUAAAAGGUAAAUCAAAUAAACGUUUGGAAUUGGAAAGACAUAUACGAGAGUUCCAAUCAAAAUUAGGAAACGAUUGGGAAAAAUAUCAUGAAACAUUAAGUUUAUUUUUGAUUGGUAAAUUAUCCCGUCCUGAAUUAGUAUCCAUAAUUUCCCCACUUUUAAAAAAUGGAUUAUUAAAAUAUCAUAAUAAAUUGUUGUUACUCAACUUUGCAAAUUCUCUUAAGGAUGGCCCAUUGGAUUUCCUGAAUGAAUUCGCUUCAUUCUGGAACAAAAAAGCUGGCAAGGCAUCUAAAGUGAAAUCUACUCAAUAUGAAAAGUUCAAACAGAAUAUUAUGGGUCUACCAAUAAAAGAAAGAAGGAGAAUCAAGAAUAUAACUAGAGAUAGUGGGAAGAGAGGUAAAUUGAAUGCGGGCAUCACAUUAACCAGGCAUACAUUGUUACCAAAGAUUCCUAUGAUCCAAGAUAAAGAACAGCAACAAUUACAAGUAAAUAAUCUCGUUCAGUGGCAACAGGAUGUGGUGAAUGGGAUUAAUACACCAAUCGCUACAGAAAAUUAUGAAAUUCCAGAUUUUGAUAACUUAUCUAGAAGAGUAUUGAUGACAAUGAGAGAAUAUGGAUUAACUGGAGGAUUAAAUGCGGGAGUACUAGAAGUGAUACUAUUAGGAUUGGAAACACACUUAAAAAAUAUAAUGGAAACUGCUAUUGAUGUGGCCAAGUAUAGAAAGAAUAAAUACACCAAUAAUGAUUAUAUACCACUAGAAUCUACCGGAGAAAGAAUUACAAAAUCAGUAGUUCCUCGAAAAAGAACAUUUGAUGAGGAUGAUGAACACCUGAGAUCAAAUGAUAUCACAUUAUCAAUCGAAGAUUUAUAUGACACAUUAGAAAUGUUUCCUCAUUUAAUCGAACCAAGCGGGCCCAAAUUCAGAUUAUCUAACGUCAUGCUUGACAAUGAUGGUCAUAUAACCGAAACACUAGAUUAUGAACUUCCACCAAGACUAGAAUCAUUCAAUUUCCAAUCACCCCAAACUAGCACAACUACCACCAAUCCAACCAGUUCGGACUCCAAGUCAUCGCUUCAUCCACCACCUGGAAAUAUUUCACCCAAUGAAUCAUCCUCAAAUCUAAAUGGGGCAACUAGUUUGAAUGGAAGUAUUUCCACGGAUCUAGUGGUAAAGAAAGAACACGAGGAUCAUUCAUCCAAUCCACAGGCAUUAUCUCCUACUAUCUCACAAGUACAUCAAUUGCCAAGACCCGAUGCGCAUAUUGGUACGACUGAUGAAUUGAAAUGGAUGUUACAUGACCUUGUUUCGAGUAUGUAA